GCGAAGAUAAUGAUGUUGGUGACGGAAUAACAAAAGAAAAGAUUUUAAAUGGAUCACUUUUUGAAGAAGGACCUCCGUUAUUAUAUGCCUCUAUGCACAAUCAAGUCGAUGUAGUAAGAACGUUGUUGAACUGUGGCGCAGAUCCAGCUGUUACAGAUGUUCAGGGUCGUAACGCUUUAGAUGUUGCUGCUAAUAGUAGAAUUAGACAAAUUUAUAUUGAAGAGCUAUUAAGAGCUACAGCAUCAUCUGAUAUUGAGAGGGUACAAAGGUUGUUAUCAGCUGGAAUAAACAUUAAUUCAUGGGACUCAGAAGCAAGUAGAAAUACUUCAUUGCAUUGGGCGGCUUGCUAUAGCAAUAAAAAUAUGGUAGAAUUUUUGACAGAAAAAGGCGCUAAUGUGAAUGCUGAAAAUGGUUGUGGUGCAACGCCGUUGCAUGAAGCUGUAAAUAGAUCAGAAAUCGAUAUAUGUAAAAUUUUAUUGAGCAAUGGUGCUAAUCCUCUUAUUCAAGCAGUUAAAGGUACGUUUAGUGGUAAAACUGCUUAUGAUCUGUCAAGGCAUAACAACCUGAUACAGAGCUUGAUAGAAAAAUAUUUAAUUGAAAUGCCAUCAAAGGAAAGAGAAAGUAUAUACAGCCCUCCAGAACCACAAGAUACCUUGGAAACACACUAUUCGCCAAAAAAUAAUCUAGUUGAUACACAUCAGCCUCUAUCAACGGAAUCAAUAAAAUCAUUAGAAAACAAUUUUGAAAUUCUGUCAUGUGCUGAAGACUUGAAAGAGCCAGGCUGUAAUAGUCCAUUACGAACUCAACACUCAGUUAUAAAUACUGGUAUUUAUGAGUUGAUUUGGCCUGAGCCUAAAUGUAUAAUUGAACUUGGACAUAUUUCACCUCCAUUUAUUGUAGGAAAGGAACUUUUAAUUUCUAUUAUUCAAAGCAGUGAAUCAAUACACAAAAUAUUAGAUGUUUGGGAAAUUAGUAGAUCUCAUUUACUAGAAUUAGGCUGUGAUGUAAAAAUUGGUGAAGUGCAGCCUGGAUCUGGUAGAAUAUCUUGUGAUAAGAGAGUAGAGUGCAUAGUGAACCGAAAAUUAUUCAAUGUCACUGAGGGUUAUCAAUUACACAUAUCUCAAAAUUCAAUAAAAGUCAGCGCUGGUAGUUUGGCUGGAUUACAUUAUGCCGUUUGUACUUUUGUGCAAAUACUACGCUUGAGCAGAAAUCGCACUAGCAAUGUGGGAAUAUGUGAAAUUGAAGCAGUAUUAAUUAAAGACAGUCCUCGAUUUUGUCACAGAGGUAUAUUGUUGGAUGUGUCGUUGAGAGGACGAGCUCCAACAUUAGAUUACUUAUUGCACAUCAUUGACGUGUGGUCAUCUUUUAAAUUGUCACAUCUUCAUCUUUAUUCUCGUCUAACACCAAGUUGUGAUUGGCAGUUAUGCUACUCAAGAUCGGAAAUGGUUACGCUUGAUAGAUAUUGCAGAGAUCGACAUUUAGAAUUAGUGCCAGCACUUGACGUAGAUUCAAACGUAAGUCUUCAACAUUUGUCACAAAUGUGGCCACUUUUCCAAGAAUUGCUGUCUACAUUUCCAAGUUUAAGCUAUGUGCAUAUAGGACCCAGACUGGCUAACUUGUUGGUGCAACCAAGUACAUUUGAUUGUUCUAUAUCCGUUGAUGAGACCAUAGAAACAGACAUAUCUGAAAUGCUAGAAUCAUAUUCUAGUCUUCAGCAAGUAUGGCACAUUCUUAACUUGAAUUGCGAUACAACUGUAUUACUAUGUUCAAAUGGGUUACACUCCAAGACGGAAUUCAAGAGCAUUCCAAAUAAUGUUAUACUAGUGGAAUACGGUUUCCAAGCCGAUUAUGAAUUUUCCAGUUGGACAGAACCUUUUACGAUUGCUGGUGCAAAUGUUUUGCCUAGUUCAGGAACAGCAAGUUAUAACAGCUUAGCUGGUUGUCCUGCCUCGACUUAUGCUAAUACAAAGAAUGCCAUAAAAACAGCUGAAGAACAAGACUCCAUCGGGAUCAUAAUUUCUCACUGGUCUGGCAGUCAUCACUUAACAUCUCACACAUUUGCUUGGGUUGGUUACCUCAUUGCUGCUGGUCUAGCGUGGAACCCAAGUUCUGACAUGGACGUACACUCGGCAACUGAUUUUUACAACAUCUGUGAAUCAACUGGAAUUAUAAAUAAAAAGAGAUCUGUUGCUCGAUUGUUAGAUACUCAUGUAUUUCGUGAUCUAGAGUACAAGAUUGGCAAUGCGAUUCUCGAACUCGGGAGGGUUGACACUUUGGUUUUGACACUAAGUCAGAAUCAGCAGAUUCAUGAUCUUCAGCAGGUACCAGACAAUCGAGGAUCAACUUUGUAUAGAUUGCUAACAGAUCCCGAUAACGUCAAUAUUGAGUAUCUUUCAACUGAUAUAUUUUUGAAAACCACCAAGCAGAUAAAACGAGUGUCACAUGCACUGUAUGAGGCCAACCCAACAUCAAAGUUUGCCUCUAUGGAAAUUCAAGAGUUGCAGUUGACUGCUGAUUUGAUGCUGACAGCUUGCAAAAUAGGAAGAACACUGAUUGGCGUGGGAAUUAAUCCUAACAGUAAUAUGGGGCUAGCCGUUAUAAAUUUAGGCAUUAAUAAUUUGCCUCCGACCUUUCGAACUGAUAUUGCAAAUAAAAUGCUGGCUCAUAUUGAACAAUAUAAAGGUGCGUGGCUGCAAAGACACCUACCUCAAGGGCUUCAAAGUUCCUUGCUUAUUUUGACAAGUGCUUUACAUAGAUUUGUGCCUGAAUCAUAA